AGCAGCAGGGGCGGGGCGGGGCGGGACGCCCCUUAUAAGGCGCGGCCACCACUGGGCCUGCGCCGAGCUUUGCCGCCGUCGUCCCCGCAGCACUGAUCCCGCUCCUCCAUCUACGCAGCAGCCAUGCCGCCCUACACCAUUGUCUACUUCCCGGUUCGAGGGCGAUGUGAGGCCAUGCGCAUGCUGCUGGCAGACCAGGGCCAGACCUGGAAGGAGGAGGUGGUGACUUCAGAUACCUGGCUGCAGGGCUCACUCAAGGCCUCCUGUGUGUAUGGGCAGCUGCCCAAGUUCCAGGAUGGAGACCUCACCCUGUACCAGUCCAAUGCCAUCUUGCGUCACCUGGGCCGCUCCUUGGGGCUCUAUGGGAAGGACCAGCGGGAGGCGGCCUUGGUGGACAUGGUGAAUGAUGGCGUGGAGGAUCUCCGCUCCAAAUACGUCACCCUCAUCUACACCAACUACGAGGCAGGCAAGGAGGACUACGUGAAGGCACUGCCCGGACACCUGAAGCCUUUUGAGAACCUGCUGUCCCAGAACCAGGGAGGCAAGGCCUUCAUCAUGGGCAACCAGAUCUCCUUUGCUGACUACAACCUGCUGGACCUGCUGCUGAUCCACCAGGUGCUGGCCCCCAGCUGCCUGGAUGCCUUCCCCCUACUCUCCGCCUACGUGGCGCGCCUCAGCGCCCGGCCCAAGCUCAAGGCCUUCCUGGCCUCCCCUGACCACGUCAACCGCCCCAUCAAUGGUAACGGCAAACAGUGAGGGCCGUGGGGCCCUCCAGGCUGGCAGGGGCUGCUUACCUCC